AUAUGGACGGCUUUGCCAGCUAUAUAGCAUAAUUGCCGAUAUUAUACGUGUUACUGUGAUCUAGCAACUCUGCUUGUUACAUAAGUUUAUGGUUUUGACUUUAAGCUUUCCCUUAAAACAAUUUUGCGAAAAUGCUGGUGUGCUGGGUGGGUUUUUGUUUAGGGUCUAGCAAAAAAUUAAUUGACUGAAAUGUCCCAGUUGCAUGAUUUAUGUCUGAAUUUAGUGGUUUAUUGUUUUUUUCAAUGUGAGAUCCACUUCAUUAAUUUUCUGGUUACAAAGGAUAUUAAGCAUAAUCAAAAGAAUUACUCUCAAUAGAGCCUCUGUAUACAUUCUAGCACUUGUUGCUUUGCUACAAAGAACAUGGGUUUAAAUACCAAUGUGCCCCACUGCAAUAGAAAAUUAUUGAUGAUAACGUAAUUCCUAAAUUGUGCAAUGAUGGGAAUUGAUUGAGGAAGUUUUUAUUGCAUUUAAUGUAUCGUUGUCAAAAAUGUUAUACUUUCAAAAAUGGUUCUGUGUCCUAAAACAGCUGAAAAAAACUAAGAAACUAUGACUUUAUACUAUAUAGUAAUAGAGUUUUCAAUAAAGCAAAAGGAUGUUUUAUUGUCUUUUGGACAUUAUGUCAUGGUCGAAUGUGCAUAUACUUUCUAUUGUUAUCCUUGUAUGAGUAGCUUAACUUCUAUCACUCCAAAACUUUGUAAUGUUGUUAUAUAUAUAAUAUUAAUUGACAUUCUGGUUAUUAUUGUAUGUCGCAAUAUCAUCUUAUAUUUCUGAUUAUAGAAGUCAAAAGAAAUUAUAGAUUAAAAUAUACAUGACAACAAUUAUAAAGGAGGUAAUGGAUAGAAAACUGAGAGACAAGGGAAGAAAUAAACCCAGCCUCAGUAAUCUUCUUUGCAAAGGCGAUGAUAUUUCCAAAUUUCAAGUUCUAAAGAUCAAUGAGGAGAUAGGUUUUGGAGUGUUUGCUCUAACAGAUUUUUCCAUGGGAGAGUUCUUGAUGGAGUACAGAGGAAAUUGGAUUAGUCAAUGUGAUGUUCUUACUUUGCAAAGAAAGUAUGAAAACGAAAAUAUAGGAAGUUACAUUUAUUUUGACGUUGUUGAUAUUUUUGGAAAAAAAAAGUGUAUUGAUGCAACUAAUGUGGAUGGCAUUGGUAAACUUGUCAACGAUUCUCCAUCACGAUUGGCCAAUUCCAAAAUGCGCAGAGUGAUUGUAGGCAAUAGUGUUCACCUUUGUCUUUUUGCUACACGUCAUAUUACCGCUGGCACUGAAGUUAGAUAUGACUAUGGUGAGGAUCGUGCACAAUUACCUUGGCGUAAAGAGAAAUGGAAAUGUCAUCCUUUAAAAAGCAAAGAUGUUUCUGAAAUGGAACAAACAAAGGGAAAAAAAGGUCAAAAAGAGAAUAAAGGCAGUGACAAAUAUGCUGAUAAAAAUGAAAUAGAAAAUAUAAAAAAAGAAACAAAAAAACUGAAGGAAAGUAUAAAAUACGAGAAAGAAGAAGGAAAAGAAGAUAAGAAAGUAGGUAAUGAAGAUAUAAAAAUAGAAACAAAGAAGAAGAAAGAAGAGAAAGAGAAAACAAAGAAAGAAGAUAAAAAAGAACCGAAGAAAAAAGUGAGACAGAAAAAAGACAAGAGGAUAAGAAAGAAGUUAAAGAAAAAAAUGAGAAAGAAGAGGCUAAUGGAGAUAAUAAAGAAAGCAAAGAGAAAACAAUAG